CUCCAAGCGUUGUUUUCCGUUCAAGUUCAAACUUGUAGCAGUAACGGCCACCGGCACAAUUGUUGUAUUUAUAUACUAGUACACACUGUUGAUCACGCUUAAUUUAAAAUAAGUAUUUUAUAUUUAUUAGUGCCAUAUUUAUUUAUCAGUGCUUUGUUAAAAGUCUACAGUGGUCUGUUGAUUAUUCGUGGAUUAAUAAUAUAUAUUUUGUUAAAUAUAUACAUAAAUUAUUUAUCAGCAUCCAGAUGGAGUCACGUUUACCGAAGCCAAAAUUUGGUAUAAAAAAGCCAGUAAAUGGUACAAGCACUGCUGGAAGUUCAAACAGUUCCUUACAAGUCCCAAAAACCACAACAUCAACGACUCUCUUAAAAGACUUAGGAAAAUCAAAAACAAUAAUCACAGAUGAUCCACCAAAAGUGACCAGAAAGGAGAACAAACCUCCAGUAUCCCAGCCACCACUAGCUCGUGCUAAAACAAUGGCCUCUAUGGCCCGUAAGAACCCGCCCCAAGAGCCACCAACCAGCCGAGCAGCCGUAAAAAGACCCGGAGCUGCAACGAACCCGAUUCCUUCCAAGCGUCCCACAAUCAGGCCUCUUCCUAAAACUGCUCCAUCUUCAACCAACACCACCCUCAAACCAUCAAAAACAGCCGCAAAAGCUGCGCCCGCGAAGUCUGUCAGCAAGUGGGACUGGAAGGGAAGGUUCGAGCUGGUUAAUACCGAGCUAACAACCUUAAAAAGCAAAACUAAGGAACUUACUGAUCAACGCGACGAGCUGCAGGGAAUUGUCGAUGAGUUCCAAGAAAAAGAGGACACGAGCACUAAAAAAAUCGUAGAUUUAGAAGCAGCUAACUCGCAAUUGAGUGAGGAGUUAACAGUAGUGAAGAAGGACAUGAAAGAAAUAACUAUGCGAAAUGAAGAAAUAGAAAAUGAGUUAAAGGAAACCAAAGAUUCUUUAGACAAAGCAAAUGUUUCUUUAAAAGAAUUCCGGGAGCUUUGUAAAAAACAAGGCAAGACUAUUGAAGAAAACGCUGAUCAUAUAAAAGAUCUUGAGACUACUUUGAGCUCUAAAAGUAAAACUGUUGAUGAACUUACUGAGCGUGUCAAAGAUUUGCAGAAUUUAUGCCAUGAAAUGGACAAAGAUCGGCGAGUUCUUCACAAUACAAUCCAAGAAAUGAAAGGUAACAUCAGAGUUUUUUGUAGAGUGCGUCCGAGAAUUUCUAAAGAGUCUGCUAAGACACUCUGUGCGAUAAAUUACAUUGAUGAGAGCACUCUAGAAAUUGGACGAGCAGACGGCUCUGAUUCGCUGAGCUGCAGCGGGAAAAUUCGCGGUGGCAAGCAGGAGUUCUCCUUCGACAAAGUUUUUCCUCCCACUGCUUCUCAAGCUACUGUUUUUGAAGAACUAUCAAUGUUAGUCCAAUCAGCGCUUGAGGGCUACAAUGUCUGUGUGUUUGCUUACGGACAAACUGGCUCUGGUAAAACUUACACGAUGGAGGGCUCUAAUGACCGGGAGUUAGAAGGAAUGAUCCCCAGAACGGUCAGGCAUAUUUUUGACCAGAUGAAGGAAUUUGAGCUACUUGGCUGGGAGUAUAAAAUAGAGGCGAGUUUCCUGGAGAUUUACAACGAGCACAUUGUUGAUCUUCUGGAUUUUAAUCAGAAGAGUCAUGAGAUUCGUAUGGUAGAUUCCAAGGGCCAGGAUUUGUAUGUUACUAAUUUGCAAGUCGAGGAGAUCCACAGCCCCGAGGAGCUUCAUCAGUGUUUAAGGAUUGCGCAGCAAAAUCGCGCAGUUGCUGCUACUAAGUCUAAUGAAAGGUCCUCGAGGUCACACUCUGUCGCGAGGAUCAGGUUGAUUGGGACUCAUGUGGAGAAAGAGGAGAUGUGCAUCGGGAAUCUUAAUUUAGUUGAUUUAGCGGGGUCGGAAAGGCUCAAGGGAGAAGAGGCUGCUAGAACUGCUGAGACUAAGAAUAUUAACAAGUCCUUGGCUAAUUUGGGUAAUGUUAUUCUUGCGCUGUUGAAGAAACAGGAUCAUAUUCCCUACAGGAAUUCUAAGCUCACGCAUUUACUCAUGCCUUCUCUUGGUGGGAAUUCUAAGACGCUUAUGUUGCUUAAUAUUUCACCGCUGGAUGAUUGUUAUAAUGAAACUCUUAAUUCUUUGAGAUUCGCGAGUAAUGUUAAUAAUUGCAAGCUAGGGAAUGUCAAGAGGACCAAAACUAUGCUCCAGAAUCCUAAUUCGAAUUGAAGUUUUUCAAAGAGACUGAGGGCGUGACCGAGAUAAAUAUGACAGCAAUUUAGUUAAGAACUAUUUUUUUAAUCUACUGUGCAUAUUUUUUUUUAAUUAAUGACAAUUUAUAUGGUUUAUUCUUAAAUUAAGUUAUGGCUUAGAAUUAGUGCCUCAAGGCAUUGAACAAAAAAUUAUUUUUAAUUUAAAUUUUCGUUUUUAUGUCGGUCUAAAAAAAUACUU